AUGGACGGAGGCAAACAAAAGAGUCGCAAACUGUUCGGUGGCUACCGGAUUACGCCAAAGUUCUGCAAUGCUACGAGGUCGCUGGCAAAGCGUGAACCGGUACGGCGCGGUCCGACGAUCUGCAUGUUCAACCAUGAGUGUUUCCAGCGGCAGGGUGAGGUGGUUGGGGCGUGCAUGGACGGUUUCCUGUUUGGCACUUGCUGCGAGCUGCCACUAACGAAGGACUCGCUGGCGAAUGAUCCGCUGAUGGAGCAGCUGAACGCGACCGAACAGUCGGGCCAAUCGUCACUCAGCUCCGCCAUCGCUAGCCAGUACGAGAAGUUUGGCAGCCAGAUGUCGGGCGGUGGCUACGAAGCUACGGUGCAGCUGCAGGACGAACAGCCGCCGACCAAGGACAGUGCCGGUAGCAGCCUCGAGACGGACGCGGUCGGUGGGUAUGUGGCGAGUAGCGAGAAGAUCAAACCACUGUUUACCAAGAUCCAGAACAAUAACUACAUCGUGAACGACGAUCUGGACGAGGACAUCGUGCUGAACAGCAUUAGCGCCAACAAGUACGAUGUGGCGAGCGGUGCGGUCUCGGUGUACUCACCGUCGACGAACAAGAUAAAGACGGCGAGUGACGAGGUGUCGGUCUCGUCGGCCGCCUACCCUUCAACGACCGAGUCCGGCGAGAGCCACUACGUGCAGGUGAACAAGGAUGGGGUGUACAGUUCCGAGAUUCCUUCGCUGCUGAACGGCUACACCGGGGAAUCGGGAGAAUCCGGUGGUGGACCGGCGCAAUCGGUGGAAGCAAACGGUGACAUUACGGCGACCGGUGUGCAGCAGAUUGCGAACCAGAUUCUGCAGGAGAACAGCCACUUCUUCGACCACAGUGACAUCACGCAUCCGGCCGCCGAAACCGAUCUGCUCAAUGAGCAGGGUUCCGUGGAUCAGAGUUACGCCAAUCCGAGCGAUUUCUCGGGACAGGCCCAGGUCGCCCAGGUCCAGGGUGCGGAUUCCAACCCUCCCCCCACCGUGAAACCGGCCAAGGUUACCUACCCGAAGCCACAGUUUAAACCGAGACCAAAACCAACGCCCGCUCCAACGUCGGCCAGCGCCGAUGGAAGCAAUCAGUACGUGCUCGUCCAGACCAUCUCGAACGAUACGAAGAACAACGAAACGGCACAGGUGAAACCGACGGUCUCGAUGAACAACAUACCUUCCAUUGAGUCCAUCAUACUGAUGCUAAAUGACUCCAAUGUUGGACCACAGUACGAUACGGAAGGGGCAGCACCAGCGACGACUGCAUCCACGGGAUACAACUACACGACCACACCAACUCCUACGUACGGAACGGCUUCCAUCGACUACGACAAGUACGGUCCAACGAGCUUCUACAUUACGAAACCACAGAAAACGGAAGCACCACCGACGGCGGCACACACGACGAGUAACGUUCCCUCGACGAGCUACGUCUACAGUCCGAAGCCAACGAAACGGCCAACACUGGAACCGGUCGUUGUGCAGGCGACACUCCUGACGAACAAUGUUGCCGGCUACGGUCAAAGUGAACCCGUACCAUCGUCCACGCAACGUCCGAAGCCCACGAAAAUCAUCAUCUCCUCCAGUACUUCCAAGCGCCCAGUACUUAUCACGUCCGAUACGCUCGCCAGUAGCUACUAUACAAACGGAGCGACGCGCCCUGGAUCAACGAUUGCCGUGUCCUCGGUACAGCCAACGAAGAAGAUUACAACCGUGGCAACCAAGCGUCCAGUCACGACCACCAUUAAGCUGCCGGAGUAUAUCGUACAGUCCUCGACAUUAUCCCACCAGAACCCAUCGACACUGGCCAACGUUAACUACAUCCAGAUUGCCAGCGCAUCGGACAAUCCUUCACCGACGGUCCACAUUACGCCGAAACCGGUCGUCAGUCUGGUGACAUCAUCGACGUGGAACAACAAGCACACCUCUCCAGUUGUUCCCAGUAGCUCGCGGCCCGGAUUCUACGAGAAUACUCCACCGGUGUAUCUGUCGUCGAUGGCCGACUUUGAGGAUGAAGGAUACUUUGGAUCGACGAGCCGACCGGCAUUGGAUCAAACCGUUACCUCGACCUCGAUCUACACCAUCGUCGACGGUGGCAACAACAAGAUCAGCAACUAUGGAUCCUCGACGUACCCAGCUUAUGGUCCAACGCCAGCGUACGGUUCAACUGCGUCCUAUCCAGUGGCGAACCGUGUCCCACCGAACCAACCAAGUUUGGCCACUUACGGACCAGCGGCUCCCGUUGAGGCGUCCACACUGAAGUACGAACUUUACACAACGCCGGACGAUAUCAACAACUUCCCUCCGGUGCGCAACCCUAACCUCAACAUCACCGAAGCGGCUUCGAUGGCGAACAUUACGAAGAUCGGAAGCGAACACUACGGUGCACCGGUCAACGAGGCCGACAAGGUGAACAUGCUGGUCAACAAGAUCGUCCAAUCGUUCAACGGUAACUUUGAUGAGCUGGAGCAGAUACUGAAGGAACGCAAGAAUCUGACGCUGGCCAGCAACGGUGCCGCCGAUACGCCGAUCGCGGUAGGCGCUGGUGUUUCGCCAUCCAGCAGUAGCAGCAGUAGCACUACCACCGAGAGCAAUGCGUUAACUAGCAGCACCACUGCCAAGCCCAAGAAGAAGAAGAAGCGCCCCAGUCGUAAGCCGGUCAAUGGAACGACUAGUGGCACGAAGAAACCAACGAGCGCCACCGCCAAACCGACCGUACUGGCCGAUACACCGGUCAACGGAAACGUCACAAAGCCAACGGCACGGCCAUCCAAGAAGCCCACCAAAGUGCGUCGUCCAAGCAACUCCACGGCGAAACCAUCUUCCAAACCCACGACCAAACCGACCAGUGUCAGUUCGGUCAACAAACCGGCACCGGGCGCUGCCAACGAUAGCCCGGCCAAACCGGUGAAACCAUCGACCAAACCGAAACCGACAGCUUCCUCAUCGUCGUCAUCGGUAGCAGCUUCCUCGAAACCCCCGAAACCUGCAGCGGGCGCGGCCAAACCACCAUCCUCCACGACCAAAAAACCGGUCAAGGCAUCGACGACGAAGCGACCGACCCGGAAACCGAGCACCAAACCAACGCUGGCCGAUGCCGACCUGUACACGACCCAGUUCACGACGACGCGCCGCCCAACGAAAGUGACGAAGCGAACCACGAGACGACCUUCGACGACGACGACCAGUACGACCGCGGCCCCGGAAGACGAGACGAUCGACGAGGAGGAAAACAGCGUGGACGGUGGUGACGAGGAGGAGGAGGAGGAGGGUGAAGAGGAGGAUGAGGAUGUGGGAGAGGAGGCGAACGAGACGGCGGACCAGCAGCAGCAGCAGCCGGGCACGAGGCGAAUUCUUUGUGGCCAGCGACCGUUGAUGAAGAGCGGCCGGGUGGUGGGUGGCAAAGCGUCCAAGUUUGGCGAGUGGCCCUGGCAGGUGCUGGUCCGGGAGUCGACCUGGCUCGGUCUGUUCACCAAGAACAAGUGCGGCGGUGUGCUCAUCACCAACGAGUACGUCAUCACCGCCGCCCACUGUCAGCCGGGCUUCCUAGCGUCCCUGGUGGCCGUGUUCGGGGAGUUCGAUAUCUCGAGUGACCUGGAAACGAAGCGCUCGGUGACGAAGAACGUGAAGCGCGUCAUCGUGCACCGUCAGUACGAUGCGGCAACCUUCGAGAACGAUCUGGCCAUCCUGGAGCUGGAGAAUCCCAUCCACUACGACGUUCACAUAGUGCCAAUCUGUAUGCCGGGCGACGAGGCGGACUUUACCGGUCGCAUGGCAACGGUGACGGGUUGGGGCCGGUUGACCUACGGUGGCGGUGUACCGUCCGUGCUGCAGGAAGUUCAGGUGCCGGUCAUCGAGAACAGUGUCUGCCAGGAGAUGUUCCACAUGGCCGGGCACAACAAGAAGAUCCUACCGUCGUUCGUGUGCGCCGGCUACGCCAACGGCAAGCGUGAUUCCUGUGAGGGUGACAGUGGGGGUCCACUGGUACUGCAGCGUCCGGACGGUCGGUACGAGCUGGUUGGCACCGUAUCGCACGGUAUCCGGUGUGCGGCGCCCUACCUGCCCGGUGUCUACAUGCGCACAACGUUCUACAAACCCUGGCUACGGAGCGUCACCGGAGUGAAAUAGGCAUUUUUCUGUAUGUGUGAGUGUGUG